AUGUCCAUGAACAGUUCCAAACAGCCAGUGUUUCCUGCAGCUGGACUUAUCGCCAACACGACCUGCCAAACUCAAAGCCGACUUUCAGUAUUUUUUUCAAUAAUCUUCAUGACAGUGGGAAUCUUAUCUAACAGCCUGGCCAUUGCCAUUCUCAUGAAGGCGUAUCAGAGAUUUAGACAGAAGUCCAAGGCCUCCUUUCUGCUCCUGGCUAGUGGCCUAGUGAUCACAGACUUCUUCGGCCACCUCAUCAAUGGGGGGAUAGCUGUCUUCGUAUAUGCUUCUGAUAAGGACUGGAUCCGCUUCGAUCAAUCAAACAUCCUCUGCAGUGUUUUUGGGAUCUCCAUGGUGUUUUCCGGUCUGUGCCCACUUUUCCUAGGCAGUGUGAUGGCCAUUGAACGGUGUAUUGGAGUCACCAAUCCUAUAUUCCAUUCUACGAAAAUUACAUCGAAACAUGUGAAAAUGAUACUGGGUGGUGUGUGCAUGUUUGCCAUUUUCGUGGCUUUGUUGCCCAUCCUUGGACACAGAGACUAUCAAAUCCAAGCAUCCAGAACCUGGUGUUUCUACAACACUGAGCACAUUGAAGACUGGGAGGACAGGUUUUAUCUCUUGUUCUUUUCUCUUCUGGGCCUCUUAGCUCUUGGUGUGUCAUUCUUGUGCAACGCCAUCACGGGAGUUACACUCCUAAGGGUGAAAUUUAAAAGUCAACAGCAUAGACAAGGCAGAUCUCAUCACUUCGAGAUGGUCAUUCAGCUCCUGGCCAUAAUGUGUGUCUCCUGCAUCUGCUGGAGCCCCUUCCUGGUAACAAUGGCCAACAUUGCAAUAAAUGGAAACAAUUCCCCGGUGACCUGUGAAACGACACUCUUUGCUCUCCGGAUGGCAACAUGGAAUCAGAUCUUAGAUCCCUGGGUCUAUAUUCUGCUGCGGAAGGCCGUCCUUAAGAACUUGUAUAAGCUUGCCAGUCAUUGCUGCGGCGUGCACAUCAUCAGUUUGCACAUCUGGGAGCUCAGCUCCAUCAAGAAUUCCUUAAAGGUCGCCGCUAUUUCUGAGUCUCCAGCGGCAGAGAAGGAGAGUCAGCAAGCAUCUAGUGAAGUAGGACUGUAG